UUACUUUUGGGCUGUUACAUACACUGAGCGUGCUAGAUACGUAGAGCCGCACAUGUUUUGUUUUUAGGUCAACCACGUAAACUGUUGUGUCCUCCAAUGGCUUGAGGAGGGCAGGAUUAUCUAUUGGCUACCUAAGCUUAUUAGGCUCUCCCCCAAAUAAAUAAUAUCUGAAUUUAUAAAGGGCCUUAUAUCUCAAAUUAGAUUAGACCUAAAUUAGUACCGGUAUGAUAAUAUGUCGGUAAUGCGUUACUGGGCCUACCACCUUACACUUAAUGUAUAUUGUCAGUUUCUAAGCAGAGAUGGGCAAUAUGGAGCAUGUGAAAAUGACUAAAAAUUGUCUGUCUUGACAUGUCGUAAAAAGAAAAUGAUAUAAAUAAAAAAAAUUUAAAGAUUAAAACACUUUUGAAACACCAUACUUUUCACAAAAUUUUAAGAUUAUAACACUUUUAAAACACCAUACUUCUCAUGUGUUUGAGAGUUUCUUAAGAUGUUCAAUUCUUGAAGGUAGCUGUAAAACAGUGUUCGAAACUUUAAGUUCUUGAAAUCUUGAAAGCAUCGACCUGACCCACUUUAACAUCAAAUAUAAUUUUAACUAUGAGUAGUAAUACAAUAAAACAUAUCUCUACUUUUUAAGACAAAUGGAUGAGGAGUUCAUAGAUACAUAUCAGUUUUUCCUAGGUCUAAUUCUUACAGAGAUACACAAAUUCAAAUAUAAAAAAUGUUGGUGACUGAGCUUAACUUGUUCGAUUGAUAAGUAUAAAAUGUCUGAUGGUGGUCUUCGAUUGCGAAUUCAAACUAAAGCAGGUCCAAAAGUACUGGAAGGAUUAUUUUUGGCAUCUACUGUUGGUACUUUAAAACAAGUUAUAUCUGAUUCUGUUAAGAUACCUGUAAACAAAAUAAAAAUUCGUCAAGGUUACCCCCCCAGAGUAGUAGACAUCAGUAAUGAAGUAGCUGAGUUGUCCACACUUCCAUUUCGUUCUGGUGAUACACUUAUUGUUGAAGAGGAUGAAGCCUUAGAGACACAGGCCUCUUUUUCCAGCUCAGACCAGUCCAAUGUAGAAACAGCUUCUUCCUCUCAGCAUGAACAAUUGGAUGCUCUACUGCAUCAUCAACUAGAGGAAGGAGCAUCAGGUAUACUCACCAGAAAAGUGGUACCUGCUGAUAACUCAUGUCUAUUUACUAGUAUACAUCUUCUGAUGAAUGAAGGCUUGAAAGACGUGUCUGCCUCCCUGCAUCUCAGAGAGGUUAUAGCAGGCAUUGUUUCCAGCAAUCCAGAUACUUACUGUGAAGGCAUCCUUGGUAAACCUAAUAGUGCUUACUGCAAGUGGAUAAGGGAUAAAAAUUCCUGGGGUGGGGGGAUAGAACUUUCUAUCCUAUCCCAAUAUUACCACACUGAAAUUGCUGUUGUGGACACACAGAGUGGUCGUGUGGACAGAUUUGGAGAAGAUAGGAAUUAUAAAGAGCGCAUUUUCCUGAUUUAUGAUGGAAUCCAUUAUGAUCCUUUAGUUUAUGAGUCUGUAGAGCAGACUGGACAGAUCAAGACAAAAUUUUCCAUUCACAAUGCUGUAAUGUUAGCUCAGGCGCUUGAACUGGCAUCAGAAGCAAAAUCAAUUCGCCAAUUCACAGACGUUGAAGGAUUUUCUUUAAGGUGUUGUACAUGUCAGCAACCUCUUAGAGGCCAGCGAGAGGCCACUCAACAUGCAAGAGCAACUGGUCAUAUACAAUUUGGAGAAUAUUAGGAUUUAUAAAUUUUAAGAGUUUGAUUUAAACAACAUUCAAUGCUACUAUAGUCUUGUUUGGAAUAUAUUUUACUUGUAUUCUUACAAUAUUUAAAAAUAUAUUCACUUAUAUCUAAUUUCUUGCUGUUACACAAAACUAGUUAGAAUGUAAAUGUGAUUUAUUUAUUUGUGCUAGUAUUCAGAGCUGGCUAAAUGCAGAGCCUUACAGUGUAAGCAACUAUCUACUCUGAAUCUGCUACUUGUUACUCACCCCCCCCCUUUCCCCCCCCCCCCCCCCCCAAAAUCGGCCGGGGGGGGGGCGUGUCCAUAUUGACAGCGUGCAUCUACCAAUAAUUAUUAACUGCAUCUUAAUAUAUUGGUCAUGUUAGUGACUUCCAUAGUUUAAAAAAAAAAAAUGGAUUCAUCUACCAAGUUGUAUACUAUAAAAAAAAAAGAUAAAAGACUUUUGCUUGCUGUUGCAACACAUCUAUUUUUCAAUACUGCUCACAACAGUUUUUAAUCAUAAUCAAUGCUAGUGCAUAUCUAUUUACUAGAAGAAAUACUAAAAUAUCUUCAGACAAUAAACCACAGGUCCAAUGGAAUGUUUUCAAAUCUAAGCACUAGAAAAUUUGGUGAACUUUCAAUGGAAUGAGUGACCAGUAGUAUUUUUAAAUGUUAGAUAGUCUUAACAGUCUUUGUAUUUUAAGUAAGUUAAGCACCUUCUGUAUGUACAAAAUAAAUGUCCAUCUCUAAAAAAAAAUAUUUAUGGUCACUUUACUAUUAAAUCAGUAUUACUUGACCCAUAUAACUGUUUAGUUUUAUUAAUAGUCUUUUUGUUGUUGUUUUAAAGACAACACAAAUAUGGAAGAUCUAAUUUUAAACAAAUUUUUGUUGAUAUUUUUUAGUAAUCAUUAAAAAGUGUUAUCUAAUUAAUUUACCAUGCUUUAAUUUUAAUGUGACUGUUUUUUUCUAUUCAUAAAUUCACAUUAUUUGCUUCCUUCUUUACACAUGAAAAUAAAGAAUAAUGUGCAGGA